ACUAGCGGUCGCUGGGGAAGGAUGCUCAAAGAAAAUGGAAAGGAGGAUCGUGAUCGUCUUUAGCAUACUUUUAAAAACACGAGUAUUUGAAAUAUACCAGCAAGUUUUAUUGCUAUAAAUGUGUUGGGUACAUGAAUAACUUAGGUAGAUUCUAGCACGUUUGAAUACGACCAGACAGUAUUGAGACGCGCUUUGGGAUAUAUCCCCGAAUACCGGCGCAGCAGAGACAUUCCGCCUUCCCGAGGCGCCACCCGUUCCGCCGCCGCCUCUGCGCCCAGGAUUGCGUGCACGGUACCGGGCGGAUCAUGGACUCAGUCGUACCCCGAGAUAGCUCAGUGACGCCGGGCUGACCAUCUGCGCCCCGACGUGCUUUCGGGAGCUUGGCAUGGGAGCGCUUUCGGAGGUUGUCGUUUCCACCUUUCACAAAGCUGGAGGUCUUGCAUGCGUCGAGAGACAAGUACUGAGAUGCAUGGGCAAAAUAGCAUGCAUAUGACCUAUAAAAUCACUUAUAUGUGAGUUUUGCAUAACUGGUUAAUUUAUUGUACAUUUUAAAUUCUUAUUCAGCGUGAGGUCGCUUCGGAUUCGGUACACUGUUAGGUACCCGAAUUGACUAGCGGUAUCGCUACGGUCGGACUAGCCGUAUGGGCUGCAAGUUGGAUUUUUAGCUCAGCCGCUAAGAGGUUCGGAAACGCGAGCCGUUCAUCUGCUGCAGAGGAAUAAGUUAUAUGUUAACCAAUGCAGCUCAAAGCAUGCAUAAAAUAUGCCGAUUCAUUUAUAACCUUUUAGAAUAGAGAUAGAAUAGAGAAUUGGCUAGCUUGCUGGCUGCCUGGAUUGGACUGGUUACGGUCUGUGCAAAAAAAAAAAAACGAUGCAUGAUUUAUUUAAGGGGUUGGUUCUUUGAAAAGGGGUCGGGUUUUACUGGGGAAAUUACCCAUUACAUGCAUAGCAAAAUUAUUCAUGUUUUAUUUUAAAAUAGUUAAUUGCCAGGAAGUCUGGGGAAUCGACCCCCGGGAGAUUAGGGGGUAGCUGGCUGGACAGCUUUGCUAGCUGCGAAUGACCAUCAGACGGCGGAUUUAAAAGGACGCUUUGAAAUGAUUGUAGUCCGCUGAAAGCGUCGUCACUGCAAGGAAACACGGUCGCCGUUUGCUUCGGACGCCUACGGCGAGGCAGCCCGCAGUUCCACUGGAGAUAAGAUGCCAUGAUUAGGUGGCGAUGGAGGGCUUCACGUCGAUGACCGCGCGGAUCCCCAGACGCUCGCUGCACGGAGGCUGCCGCGCGCUCGCCCUGGGAUGGGUGGUGCUGGUCUCCAUGACGACGGCAAGCCCCCCGGGAUCAGGUGGACCUUUGUUAGCUUCUGACAAGUCAACGAUUUUCCCAGAGGCCCCUAGAAGUCCAGCUUCAUCCACUGGUUUAUCGCCACCGCACAGUGAAGCCUCAGGCCCCCCGACUCGCUCUCAAAGGCUAACAAGGUCAUUGCUAGGUCCCAGACGGCCUGAAGCUGCUGGGACAAAUGGCGAUGUUAUUGCUGACUUAACCCCAAGUGGAAUAGGGCUAGUGGGUCCUGACCCUGUCACUCGUGACCCCUGGUCCUCCUUUGACACAUCUAAAAAUCCAGAAGACUCUCUAAACCCUUUAUCCCCAAAGAACCAGAACCACACUUCAGGGCAAGUCAGUCGAGAAAGUCCUCAGGACUCCGCUGGCGCUGUCCUGCUGCCCUCUGGUAGUCUGUCUAGCCCUGACAGUGACCCAGACAGUUCUCCAUCAAAGCCCGGUUUUCCCACAGAGGUAGGAGACGCUGGUCUUCCAAGAGAACUUUCUAGCAGUCUGCAUAUCAUUAAAGACCCUGUCGACGUCAACACAGCCCAGGGUAUCCACCAACUCCUGCAACCUCCUGGGAAUCUGGAGCCAAGCUAUGUGCCUUUCAUCAGACCUCACACCAUGCCGGACAGGCCCGAGGGGACACUGGUUCUUCCAUCGGAGGACAUCUUACCAACCAGCACCAUGGAAGACUACUGGGGAUCUGGCGACUACCUGGAAACAGUGUCCUUCCUAGGCUCUGAGGAUGACUUUGCAAUGGUCACCAGUCUGCCCACUGACAUACAGGACAUGGAAGACUUCAACACUGAGGUUUACGACACCUCCUUCCCUACCAGGGUGGUGCCAUCGCUGUCCUCUCUACACGUCUUUAGUUCUGCCAGUUUCACCCCAGCUUAUACCACUGAUUUGCACACUGAGCCUGUGCCAGUCCACCCCUCACAUGGUCAGCCUACACCUUCACAAAACAAUUUAUCUGACGAUGGCCUGGACUUGGACUGGGCUGAAAUUUUCACAAUCGAACCCACAGAAAUUCUUCUCCCAGACAUGAACAGUCUGGAGUAUUAUACCACUUUGCUGGCCAAGGAGAACAGUUCAUUAGGACACAGAAACAACCUGACCUCUAAGCACGUUCCUCGUGAGUCCAUCAAAACAACACACCUUGCACCCACCAGUACCAUUUUAACAGCCUCCAGAAGCAUUGAGAUGGUUUCACCCGAUAACAGCUCCUGGCCCGAGGAAUCUUCUACGGACAUGUCGUCUGGUUUGGGACCUGCGAACGCAUCGUCAUCUGAUUCUACAAACCUUAUUAGUCCAGAGCUGGUAAAUGCGUCACAGCCUUUGCUAGAGUCUUCAGUGAUGAUCACUCCCUCCAUGACACUGCCCAUCUUCCUGCGGGGAGACUCCGUCACUUCCAGCGCUCAUGCCAGUGUGGCCCCCACCUCCAUCAUCAGCUCACCAUUAGCUCCUCUUCAGCCCACUGCUACCCAGCUUCCAAGUGGAGAUAUCUUCCUCUCAACCUCAGAAGUUCUGUUGGUCGUCCCCUCAGCCUCUGAAGAGCAGAUGCUGUCAGUUAUUACCACCCCAGAAAUAACCCCAUCCACCCCAUCCCCGACCAGCGUGCCCCCCACCGGGGAUCCCAUAACUGAUGAGGGCAGCGCCAAGGAAGCCAUAACAAUAAUGUCCGAGGCCCCCCUCACAGCUGGCGCCAACUCCAGUCUGAUAGGGGUCACUGAUGGCCACUUGACGACUAUCAGCAGCGCGGCUCCUCGCUCCACCACUGUGGCCCCCACCACCAUCUCCAGCCUCACACCAGGUAAUACCACCCCAAGGCCGGCCACUCCAAGGGGGCCCUUGAUGACGACCGCCUCCCGGACCCCUCAAUCCACCACGUCUCGACAGUAUCUCUGUAACGUCACAAAACCGGACAUGUAUUUGGUCCGAGUUGGUCUGCCCACAGGAUCUACCAUCGCAUACGCCAAAUCCCAUAUCCGAGAGAUCCUGAAGAGCGAAUUCAACCGCUCUGUCGAGUUGCAGGUGGUGAAAGCCCCGCCAGACUUCGUCUUCCGUACGGUGUCCGGUCCAGUGGUGUACACUGCAGUGGCGGUCAUCAACGCGCUCCGCCGCAUGGCCCACAGCUCUGCUGCGAUCCUCACCGUGUCACCGGUCUAUAACGUCCCCGACUCCUACUUCCAGGUGCACUCAGUGCUACAAUUCGUGCCCAGUCAUGUGGACGUGCGCAUCUGCAGCUUCAGCGAGCGCGUUGAGCGAGGCCUCGCCUUGGCCUACGCGGAAGCUCGCCGGCGCUCACUAGAGUCGACCAACUUCACCGUGGAGAUCGUGAACAUCACCACGGACUCACCGAAGAGCGUGCAAAAGGCGCCGGUGGAUAUCACGUUCGCCAUACGUGAUGCCAGGGGCUAUGUGAGGGGGGCGGAGGUCAGCAGCCACCUGCGGCUCCUCAGUAUGGUGGAGUUCAGCUUCUACCUGAGCUUCCCAGUGUUACAGAUCGCCGAGCCUUUUCACUACCCGGAGCUGAAUAUGACCCACUUGCUGCGAUCCUCCUGGGUCAAGUCAGUUCUGCUGGGCGUUCUGGACCAACGGGUGAACGAGCGCACCUUCCAGGCCAAGAUAGAACGGCGCCUGGCCCAGCUGCUGGGGGAAGUACUGGGGUCUGCCAGGCGCUGGAAGAGAGCCACCAGUGUGGGCAACAACAGCUUACAGAUUGUGCGGGCGUCCCGGCUGGAGGGCCAGGACAACCCCUUGGAGGUGGUGUACUUCGUGGAGGGUCCCGGGGGGGAAAGGGUUCCUGCCGCCACCAGCUGCAGCCUGCUGAACCGGCUGGAUGUGCAGCGGGCCGCCAUCGUGCUGGGCUAUCGCUUGCAGGCUCCACUAGCCAGGCCUGUGGAGAAGGUGGCUGCCCCUCCCUCGGAGACCCAGAACAGCAAUAUGUGGAUCAUCGUGGGUGUGGUGGUGCCCGUGCUGCUGGUGGUGCUGAUCAUCGCCAUCCUCUACUGGAAGCUGUGCCGUUCGGACAAGCUGGAGUUUCAGCCAGACGCCAUGAGCAUCCAGCAGCGGCAGAAGUCCCACCCACCACAGAGAGAGUCAAGGCACCCAGGGAACGGCAAGGGUGGCGGGGAAGAGGAGGUGCAGACGGAGGCAGGUGACGGAGCGAAGACAAUGGAGAAGAGGCGGAGUGUGACAGAGAGGAGAGGAAAACUGAAGGACUUGAAGAGAGAUGGAAGGAGCAAAACUGGGAGAGGCAGCAAGCUGAAGAAGUGGACGGAUGAUGAAGAAAAGUGGAUGGAUGUAGAGAGAGCUGAAGCAGAGAGAGGCAUGGAGCUUCAGGCUCCCAGCGUCAAAGGGUUCGACUUUGCCAAGCUGCACCUGGGCCAGCACAGCAAGGACGACAUUGUGGUGAUCCAGGAGCCCGGCCCGCCGCCCGCGCCCGUCAAGGAGAUGACGCCCUCCGAGAACGGGGAGGUGCCCACCCCCAAGUCAAAGGCGUCCUCCACAAAGGCGUCCCGCGGCACCCGCCGCAGGGGGAGGAUCUCACCGUCGGAUGGGGAUUCCAUGGUGAGCGAGCCGUCCAGCCCCAGGGAGUCAACAGAGGAGACUCUGCAGCCUCCGGCCACACCCCCCGAGGGGAAGCAAUCCCGCAAGGCCCCCAAGAAUGCAGGCAGCUUGGACGAGCAGCUCUCUUCAGCCUCCAUCUUCGAGCACGUGGACCGCAUGUCCCGCUCUGCCGACGGGACUCGCCGCGUCUCCAACAAGAUCCAACUGAUCGCCAUGCAGCCCAUGCCGGUGCCGGCCCAGCAGAGUCCCGCCGUGACGGCCAGGGUGCCCGAGAGCUCCACCGUCAACCGCGAGAUCCAGGUAGCGCUGAGGCACAAGUCCGAGAUCGAGCACCACCGCAACAAGAUCCGCCUGCGCGCCAAGAGGAAGGGCCACUACGACUUCCCUGCCAUGGACGACAUCAUGGGCAGCUUUGGCGACACCAAGGACCAGCAGCACAUCUACCAAAAGGCUCAGCAGCAAAUCGACAAGAUCCUGCAGCCGGACGACCAUGUUCACGGCGCCAUGGAACCGCGGAGGAGGGGGAGGCGCUCUCCCAAGCAGCGGAAGAAGAACCAGGUGAAUGGCAGCCUUACAGAUGCGGACCGGGACCAGCUGAUCGGCACGGACAGUGAUGGCACGUACAAAAAGUACCCGGGAGUCAACAACGUGGCUUAUGUGAGGUAUGCGGAUGCGGCAGUGUCCCCCCCAGCCCAGAGCCCAACACAGAGCCAGGGCCAGGAAUCGGACUACCUCCCCGCAGAUGACCCAACUCAAGCCGACCAGAUCCAGCCAGACGCACUGUACUCCAGCAGGGGGCUGUAUACCGACGAGCUGCCUUCCUCUGCCCGACCCCGGCCUGUUGGGGGCGCCACAGGUGCCCAGGUGCACCAGCUGACCCAGGUGGGGCUGUCGAGCCGGAUUGGCGCAUACCCAGGCUUGGGUCGGGUCUCCUCCGCUCACCCAGGAGGCUCCAGUUGGGGGCGCUACCACUCUGAGGAGGAGUUCAGCCGAGCCGUACCCGGCAGAGACCAGGUCCAUGGAUAUCCUGACUGCUAUUCAUCCCCCGUCCUGCACAUGCCCAGGACCUCCCCGAGGGAGCCCUCCGCACCUCCGGCCAACUUAGACGGUCCUGGGUCGGGGUACAGCUCCGCUCCCCCAGAGGAGAGCUCCCCGCCAGCCCACUCGUCUGCCUCACUCAUCAAGGCCAUCCGAGAAGAGCUGAUGCGUCUCUCCCAGAAACAGUCGGCUGUGCCCAGCUACCACAGCUGAAGCAUCAUGCUGGUAUCUCCUAGAAUGUCUGCUAGGCUUGCAACACAGAAUUAAGAAACUCCCUGCUCUCUCACUGUAACCGUGCACCAUGGCCAGCUACAACAGUUGGAUCCAAACUCUGGUCUCUCCCAGAUGCAGUACCCUAGGCUUAGCUACGACAGCUGAAACCACCGUUCUUUCCCAGAAAUGUUUUGCGCUGCCCAGAAUGGGGGGAGUCCCUUCCCUGUCAUACCCAGAAACGUCAGACUGUCGUUUCCGUCAAAGCUGAUCUGGCUGGCCUUUUCCAGAAGAUGUAUCACAGGCCUGGCUACAACCAGACGUCAAGUUCCCCAAGUUUCCGGUCCCAUCCGUUCAUAACCACACCAACCAGACAAAUCAGUACUUCCCAUGGAAGGUCUCCCCGCACUUCACACUCACACUGUUGAAUAGCUCUUCGACGUCGUGUGAGCAGUCCCAGGUGCAGCGGACCUCAUGAAGGUCUGGUUGGGGGGGCUUUAAAGACACGCUUAUCUGACAUCCCCAGCUGGGCCUUCAGCUGGUUUCUAGCAUUAGUUUCCGUGGAUUUCUGCUUGACAUUUCAGCAGCUGACUUUUAUGAAAAUCCUGUUUUUGUUUCCUUUAUGUUGAGUAUUACUUAUCAGUUUCUGUACCUGGACAUUUUACCAAUGGUAAUGAUGACAUUCCUUAGUGUUUUAAACAUGAAACAUUCUCAGUAUUUUCUUUAAUCAGCAUUAAACCAUUUCAAUAUGGAUAUUUUUGGUUUUUAAAGGUGCAGUAUCAGUUCUCUUCCUAACAUCUUCUGGUGCUAUAUUCCAACCUCUUGUUCUGCCGUGAACCACACACUGCCUUCUGUCAUAUUGGACAGAUAUUGAUCUUAGUUAUUGAAGGAAUUUGCCAGGUUGGAAAUAGCAAAAAAAAAAAAAAUGCUAAUUUUGGAGGUGGGCCUCCAUUGCCACGUCUAACGGCAGUCGAAGUGUUGAGCUGUCAUGGUUGAGUUUACACCAACUUCACAUGCGUGGCUGGACUCCCUUGAUAUCAGGUUACUGUUAGAACUUGCUUUAAAUAGAAUACAAGUUACCAAUUGUUGGUUGAGAACUUGAGAUUUGAACAGUACCAACGUAGGAGACUGUAAACUUUACUGUACAGACCUCUAGAGGCAGAUAUGUUAAGACCACGAUGCAGAUAAAGUCACUUACGUUGGUGCCUUUUCUUCCACGAUUCAUACUCCCUAUGUCUGGACAUACCCACAAAACAUACUGAAAUGAUAAAAUAUACAACUGUAUGAAUGGGUAAAAAAGUAUGGCUUAGGUUGAGAGCUUCUGGUACACCACUCAGUGUAAGCAUGUUCACCACAGUUUCACUGGGCUGGAACUGUGCCACAGUAUUUCUGUAGAGACUGUGAGAAAGAUCAGUAGUGAAUCAAGGUACUUUAGUUUUGAUGUAUUUCGUAUUCUGCUGAGGUAUCGCAGGUAAAGCUUCUCCCGUCACCAAAGACCCGAUUGACCUGCGUUAGGUGUACCAACCCGUCCGGAACGUGGGUCAGGUCAUCUGGACUGUGGAACCAGUGGAACCAUGAAUGGCUACAGGUCACACUAAUGUGCUCGCCAGCCAUACCAAUGGAGUCUUGAGUUGUUGGAGGAGUCUGUUUGAUGCUGGUGCAGCAGUAUUCACUUAAGGUCUCCAUAGAACAUGAGGUUAAAGGAGACAAAGCACAUUAACAAAGUAAUGGCUGGUGGAUGUGGAAAGAUACACUGUGUUAUAUACUAACCCUCCUUGCACAAAGCAUGUCACGAUGGCUAGGACAGUGUCGACAUGUUUUUUGAAAGCUUGUAGAGAACAAGUAUAAUUAUUUCCUUAGAUAUGUACUGUACGCUCUCGUGGUGUAUCAGGUGUAUUCACUGUUCAUUUAAACUCGUGAUUUAUUUUGACGUUAACAAAAAACCCCUGCUGUCUGCCUCAUGGGUUUUCCUGAAGUUCAUGUUCCUCCAUAUUCCUGUGCCUGAUUUUUUUUUCACUUGUUUAACGGAAAGUGAAAUGAGACACCCGGCAGGAACAUAAAAAUGUCAAAAUAGAAGCACUGAAACGCUCACGCCGGAAAGAUGAGGUGUACGACGUACAGUAUUUAAUGACUUUCAUCAGCUUGAUGGCAGCUGUGUGUAUCUUUUAUGUUCAUAAUCCUGUUUGUCAAUGAUAACCAUAAUGAACUAACAAUGUUAACCACC